GGGGUCACCGGUCAUCUCGGCUGGCACCUCAGGAGGCGGAGGCAGGAGGAUGGCAAGUUCAAGGCCAACCUGAGCAACUUAGCAGGACCGCCUCAAAAUUUAAGAAGAGGCUGUGAGCGCCUGCCUCAUAUGCCUCAGGCCCUGGCUUCCACCCCAGCGCUGUACAAAGAGAAACUAAUGGGGAGGCCCCUGCUCUAGGGAGCCGCCACAUUAGUACCUCUACAGGGCAACCCGCGGGGCUGGGACAGUGAGGUCGGGCAGGGCUUCUUCCCCGUGGUUGCUCGCCUGGCGGCGGUGCCCAGCAACUGGGCCUCCUUUAUCUGAGGGGCUCUCCCUGCAGGGCAGCCCCAACUGCCCACGCCCAGAGCUCGGGGCUUCGGAUCCGCCCUGUCCCCUGGGAGCUGCCCAGGUCCCAUGCACUUUCCCCGUCUGCAGCUCCUGCACUCCCACCUCGGACCCGAUUCAGUGUGGAGACCGCUCAGUGAUGCAGGCCCAGCACCCGCAGGAACCUGUCUCGCCCUCCUUCACUCCAUUUUGUGUUUUUGAGACAGGGUCUCACUGUGUAGCUCAGGCUGGCCUCAAGCUCGUGAGGAUCCUCCUGCCUCAGCCUCCCGAGUGCUGGGAUGACAGGCGUGCGCCACCAGGCCCAGCUCCCUUUCUCCACUCCUUGCGAAGGCCCUGGGUCUCUCCCUCCAAGCCCACCCACUCUGCCGACAGCCAGGGUCCUCCUGACAGUCGCAGCUACAGAUGGUCCCCGGCCAGCAGCUCCCCGGACAGACGGGACUCGCUGUGCCGGCCAGGACCGAGCUCCCCGCGCUAUGAUACGUCUGUGUCCUCCACAGCCAGGGGUCUUGGCCGGCCACCGAAGCCCACGGCGGGCCCCAAGCACCCCUGGCUCCACUACUGCCACGUGUGCAACAUCAGCUGUGCAGGGCCGCAGACCUACCAGGAGCACCUGGAAGGGCAGAAGCACCGGAAGAAGGAGGCGGCUCAGAGGCCCGAGGGCAACUCGCUGUACUGCGACCUGUGCACCGUGUCCUGCACCGGGGCGGACGCCUACGACGCACACAUCCGGGGAGCCCGGCACCAGAAGGCGUUCAAGCUGCACACCAGGCUGGGGAAGCCGAUUCCCACCAUCCAGCCCGCACCCAGGAGCGGCCCCCACGCCCCGCACUGCACCACCCGCGAGGACUCGGGGGCCUCUGGCGUGCGCACCCCCGACGGGCCCGCUCCGGCCCGCAGACGGCUGGCCUCCACCGUGCGGAUCGUGGGGCCUCUAGAGCCACUGACGGCGCGCAGCAGACCCCGCGAGGGGACGCCAGCACAGUCCCCGUCGGACACGGCCACCUGGAGGGGCUCUGGGGAAGCCGCCCCUGGGGGCUGGGUCGCGGAGCCCGUGGGGCCGGAGUUCGUGGAGGAGGUGUGCAGCGACCAAGGGAAGGUGAUCCGCUACCGCUGCAAGCUCUGUGAGUGCAACUUCAACGACCGCAACGCCCAGGACCUGCACUUGCGGGGGCGGCGGCACCGGCUGCAGUACCAGAGGAAAGUGGACCCGACCCUGCCCCUUGUCACGGAGCCCGGCCGGCUGCAGCGGCUGCAGGAACAGCAGACACGCAAGCAUCGGCAGCUGAUGCAGCAGCGGCUGGAGGAGACGCGGCAGCGCUGGCGGGCAGGGCUGAGCCACCAGGAGGCACCCUGCAAGAACCAGAAGAAGGAGCCGCAGCCCCAGAGCAAGGAGCAGCCGCUGCCGUGCCCCGCCUGGGCCCUUCCGCCCCCCGCGGACAGGCCGGGGGUGCCCGCGGCCAGGGCCCAGGCCAAGCGGCGGCCCGAGACCAGCGAUGACCGUCAUGUCAUGUUCAAGCACGCAGCCAUCUACCCCACAGAGGAGGAGCUGCAGGCCAUCCAGAAGGCGGUGUCGCACGCGGAGCGGGCCCUCAGGCUGGUGUCCGACCUGAUGGCCGAGGAGGACUCGGAGAGCCUGGGAGACGAGGGCGGCCAGUGCAGCGUGGCAUCCUCGCCGCGGAUCCUGAAGGGCGUCAUGCGGGUCGGCAUCCUGGCCAAGGGCCUGGUCCUGCGGGGCGAAAGGAACGUGCGGCUGACCCUGCUUUGCUCCCAGAAGCCCACGCGCGCCCUGCUGCACAGAAUCGCGGCGCGGCUGCCCCAGCAGCUCCUGUUGGUGACCGACGACAAGUACGACGUCUCUGCUGACCCCGAAGCCAGCAUUGUCAUCUCCUCUUGCGAAGAGCCCAGGAUGCAGGUCACCGUGUCCAUCACCUCACCUCUGAUGCGGCAGGACCCCUCUGCGGACCAAGAGGGAAAGGAGGACGCGCAGCCCGACCCAGACGUCCUGAGCCCCGAGAAGUGCCUGGAGUCCCUGGCUGACCUCCGCCAUGCAAAGUGGUUCCAGGCGAGAGCCAGCAACCUGCAGCCCUGCGCCAUCGUCAUCAGGGUCCUGCGGGACCUCCGCCAACGAGUGCCCACGUGGGGGGCCCUGCCAGCCUGGGCCAUGGAGCUGCUGGUGGAGAAGGCGCUGAGCAGCGCAUCCCGGCCCCUGAGCCCGGGGGACGCCGUGCGGCGGGUCCUAGAGUGCGUGGCCACGGGCGCGCUCCUGGCAGACGGGCCCGGGAUCCAGGAUCCCUGCGAGAAGGACCGGAUGGACGCGCUCCACUCCAUGACCUUGCAGGAGCGGGAGGAUGUGACGGCCAGUGCCCAGCACGCCCUGCGCAUGGUGGCCUUCCGGCAGAUCCACAAGGUCCUCGGCAUGAACCCCCUGCCACCUCGGCCCCGCUUCCGGAAGAGGCCUCGAGAGACCAAGGCGGAGGAGGGCUCAAGGGGCAGAAAGAGGGGCCGGCAGGGUGGAGAGGGGCUGGGGUGAAGCGCACCCUUGCCCGGUGGGGGGCUGACACCUGGGCGCACACACAUGCAGACCAGUGCCGCUGGUCCCUGACAUGAGACGGUCACUUUCCUUUCUCAGUCAUGCUCUGUCCCUUUCUUUCCAAAUCCCUGAGAAGUCACCCUGGGUAGCCCCAAGGGCAGCUCCCUCUCCUGAAGCCCGGUCCCCCAAGAGACUCAAACGCUGGUAUUUCUUGAUAGCUUUAAACACCCCUGCUGUGUGUGCAUUUGAAAUAAAGUAGGUGGCCCGGCUUGGGUCCCCUGUGUCAAUGUC